AUGAAAACUCAUAUCGCUCAUUCGAACUACUCCCGCCCAGGAAUCCUCCACACCAUCUUCUUCCACCGCUUCUUCCCGGCCGUCACCCCGCAGACCCGCGAGGUCCUCGACCUCUCCCUCCCCUACGUCGACAACGACGAGCUCGAGACCAUGAUCGACCAGCGCGCCGCCGCCCUGGAGCGCCAGCUCGACGCCGAGCGCUCCUCGGCCAGCAUGAGCACGGGGGGCGGCAGCCGGGGCCAGUUCACCGUCCAGUUCUUCGAGAAGCGCCGCCGCAAGGCCUGGCUCACCCGGGGCGACGACGAGGUCUGCUGGGAGUGCUGGACCCUCAAGGUCACCGUCGCCGAACCCAAAACUGAGACUGAACGAGCCAAAGUGCGACGAGCUAUGGAACAAACACUCCAAACGACCGUGAUGAAGAUUGUUACAUUUGUUAAUACUCAUAAAGAUCACAUCCCUCCGAUCACUACACAAGGCGUGAAUCCGUUCCCGUAUAAAAUCACUGUUGAUCAAAAGGAGUCGAGCUGGGCCAAUCGCAUGCGAAUGUACUAG